GCCACAUUCAUCAUGGGACUGGGCUGAAGUUUUAUUGCUGCCGCUAGAGGUGGAUGCAAAAACAAAAGUUGAGUGUGGGAUGGACUCAGAGGGCAACUAGCCCCAGUACUCUCUCUGGGGGGAGAGGGGGAAAAAGAAAGAAGAAUGCGAGCCGGGGCAUGAGUCGAUCUCCUCUCUGUUCUUUUUUGACACAGCUCAACACAUUUCAUCCACUGGAAACUCCGGGUUAUCCCUCGACGUUAUGGGCGUACCUACGUGUUUCUGCAUCACAGAGGAGUAAGGUGAGGGACGGGGUCAUAGCUCCAUAAAUACUUGGUGUGGCUGAGGCUUUGGAUGGACCCUGGAGGAGUACAUACUGCUGGAGGAGCUUUACGCACAGGAGAGGAGCGCCGACUUUUCUGCAAGCUGAUACCUCAUUUGUAGAAGCGCUGACUGGUAAAAAGCCUCCUCAGUUACCACCGGGAAAGUUGUGGUGCCUCUGUCCAAUAUGGAAAGUCUAUGAUUCUGUAUUUAGCAGAGAUACAAGUGGUUUUACUUUUCUCACAGAGUGCGAUGUAGUUCAACUUCACACCCCCAAAGUGAACUUGUCAAGAUGACAGCGCUUACACCCCUGAGCCGUGCUGUGCUUGGACUCGCGUGGAGCUGCUUGAGUUUUCUGUCCUGCGCUCAUUGCGGCUUAAGUGACAACCAUGUGCACUCCAGUUUUAUUUACAGGAGGUUGCGCAAUCACGAACGCAGGGAGAUCCAGAGAGAGAUCCUCUCCAUCCUGGGCUUGCCUCACCGUCCGAGGCCCUUCUCUCCCGGUAAGCAGGCGUCCUCCGCGCCGCUCUUCAUGCUCGACCUGUACAACGCCAUGGCCGUGGAGGCGGAGGAGGAGGAGGAGGAGGGAGCGCAGCACGGCGCGGGGAAGAGCUUCAGUGCCAAGGCUCAAGGGCACUCCAGGAAAGGUUACUACAGCCCACAGCAGGCCGGCUACUCCCGUGUGGCACAACCUUACCGAGCGGCCCCUCUGUUAGGCCACAGCCCCGCACUCACCACAGCGCACGACACCAACUUUCUCAAUGAUGCCGACAUGGUCAUGAGCUUUGUCAAUUUAGUGGAGAAAGAUAAAGAUUUUUCUCACCAACGGAGGCACUACAAGGAGUUCCGUUUCGAUCUGACUCAGAUCCCGGACGGAGAGGCGGUGACUGCUGCAGAGUUUCGGAUCUAUAAGGACCGCAGCCAUGCUCGCUACGACAAUGUUACUCUGAAGGUUACCAUAUAUCAAGUCAUCAAGGAAUAUCAGAACAAAGAUGCAGAGACGUUCCUGCUCGACUCCAAAAAGGUCCAGGCAUCCGAUGGGGGCUGGCUUGUGUUUGACAUCACGGCCACCAGUAACCACUGGGUGAUGAACCCGCAGCAGAACCUGGGCCUGCAGCUCUGCGUGGAGACUGUGGAUGGCCGAAGUAUCAACAUAAAGUCUGCUGGAAUCAUUGGGAGGAAUGGGCCUCAGUCCAAACAGCCUUUCCUGGUUGCUUUCUUCAAGGCCAGUGGGGUGUUGCUUCGCUCUGUCAGAGCUGCUGGUGGGAAAAAAAAGAACCACAAUCGCAAUAAAUCUACAAAUCAACAAGAAUCAUCUAGGGCACCAAAAACUGGAGAUUACAACACAAGUGAACAGAAGCAAGCCUGCAAGAAGCAUGAACUCUAUGUCAGUUUUCGAGACUUAGGCUGGCAGGAUUGGAUCAUUGCACCUGAGGGCUAUGCUGCUUUUUACUGUGAUGGUGAAUGCUCUUUUCCACUCAACGCGCACAUGAAUGCAACAAAUCAUGCGAUUGUGCAAACCCUGGUCCAUUUAAUGUUUCCUGACAACGUGCCAAAGCCAUGCUGUGCCCCGACCAAGCUCAACGCAAUAUCAGUGCUUUACUUUGAUGACAGCUCGAACGUCAUCCUCAAGAAAUAUAGAAAUAUGGUAGUUAGGUCUUGUGGUUGCCAUUAGUGGCUGGGCUAACUUUAAUUUAUGCUAUCUGGUAAGGGAAUCGCUGGAAAACACAUCUGCUGCAGGUGUGAUGUGAUGUACAGUAUUAUGUAUAUAAAGUUUUAUUAUCUAAUUUAUUUUCUUUUUUUUAAAAAAUAGCACUGAAUAUUGUGAUAUUUAAAUGAUUAGGACAAAAUGUUGAUUUUACCUUACGUCAGUUAUCAGUUAACUUUUGUGUCCGUUGGCAUAUACUCCCUCUUAGUUACGUCCGUAUAACUUUUAUGAGUUAACUAUUCACUGGAGUCAUCAUGAUACAUAAGAUCGCUUCCCCUUCUGCUGGUUUUUCCCCUUUUACAAUGCGUUUGUGCUAUAAAUGCUCACUGAGCUUUUGUCUAUUAGUUUGUCUCCAUUAUGGACCAACGAUUAUAAAAGACAGAUACAUACAGAGAAAUGUUCCAAAAUGCAGCAUGACAACUAAAUCUGAUGAAAAAAAAAAGGGAGACCACAGGGUGCAGUGGUGCCCUCAAGGGUGGCUGAGGGGGGCCAUGGCCCCUUAAAGUAUUUGCUGGCCCCCCCAUUAACCCUCUAGCAAAAAUAAGACCGAAGUUACUGUGUUCAAGAGGCUGUGGCACACUCAUUUUUUAAGCUAUUGUGCAACGGUAGGGGUAUCUUGUGAACCUAGAAACCUAAAGCAUCCAUUGGUACAACCCAUAUUGGCAUUGCUUGUCAGUAAGGGAGCUAAAUAAUGCUCCAAAGUGAGGCUAAAUUUUGGUGAGGGAACAACUGGCAUGGCCAUUUUCAUUUUUGUCCCUCGAAGUUUCACCUCAGGAUACCUGAAUAAAAAUCGGUUCCAUGGGUACCCAGGAGUCUCUUCUAAACUUGAGAAUGUUUGUUUCCAGUAAAUAUUUUGUUCAAUGUACUCCUUUGAAUUGAAGUUGUACUUUUGUCUUUAAUAGGAAAAGGACAACCAGCCUAUUUGAAGAACAAUGAAUCACCUAACAUGCAUACAGAUUCGUAACACAUUGAAACAGGAUUAUUGUGGAACUUAAAAUGUUAACUAUAGACUACUGGUAUUAGUCGAAGCACAUCAGACAAUUAGUAACAUUAACUCUCCAUAUCAACAUAGUUUUCAACUAGCAUAUAUAGUUCAACAACAUGAGUGGAUACCUGAAUUUCACUUAUGACUUCUGAUGAUUUUCAGUGGCCUCAUCUGGCCACCACUAUGAAAAAAUUCUGGGGGCGCCACUGACGAGAUCACGCUAUUAGCACUAAUGUCACAACUUCAACAGGCUGUUGGAAUAAAUCAAAUUGGAUCAGUGGGAAAAAAAAAGUGAGUGUUCUCUGAUGUGAACAAAACUGCCCAAAGCUAUUUUCAAGCUGCCACUGCUUUUCAGCACUGAUACUGUUUCACCUUUUCCAAGCCAGCUUUUUUUUUUUUUAUGUAUAAGAGUGUGUUCACAGAAGGGGAUUAUGUCAGUCUGGAAUGAAGCUCUUAUAAUACUGAGUGUUUGCUCAUGAAUGCUUUGCAAAUCUUGUCAUUUUUUAAAACAAUGUCUAUGUAACUCUCCUCCAUAAACACUGUCGUCUCAUUCCUCUGUGGACUAGCUUUGCUCCGCAGAAAUUCUUAUGUUUGGGGAAAGUAUAUCUUAAUGUAGAGUGUUGUGUAUUUUAAUAAAUGUACCA